AUGGGAAAGUUCUUACCUUUUAUCCUGCAUAUCCUGGCCUUGGUAGCCACCGCGAGCGCAUUCGAUGAUCCACUGGUGAAUCUCAGCUAUGGUAGCUUCCAGGGAUAUUACGACACUUCCUACAACCUCUCAUACUUCCGCAAGAUUCCAUUUGCAGCACCCCCAACAGGUCAAAACCGCUUCCGCGCGCCUCAGCCACCUCUCAAGAUCAACGAAAGCGUCUAUGACACAGACCAGACAUUCGAUAUGUGCCCCCAGCGCACGGUGAACGGUUCUGAAGACUGCCUCUACCUGGGUCUCUUCUCUCGACCUUGGGAUUCAUCCCAAGAUGGGAAAAGGCCGGUCCUUGUCGUGUUCUACGGAGGCGCAUUCAUCGAAGGCGAUGCUGCUUUCGGCAUGCCGCCCGACUCAUACCCCGUUCUCAACGUGAGCACCCUCAACGAUUACGUAGUGAUAUACCCCAACUACCGCCUAAAUGCGUUCGGUUUCUUGCCUGGCAAAUCGAUCAAGGAAUCUUCCACCUCGGACCUCAAUCCGGGCUUGCUAGACCAGCAGUACGUGCUGAAGUGGGUGCAGAGCCAUAUCGACCAAUUUGGCGGGAACCCGAACAACGUUAGUAUAUGGGGCCAAUCCGCAGGCGGAGGCUCUGUGGUUGCUCAGGUGCUAGCGAAUGGGCGCAAUGGAAACCCGAAGCUCUUUUCAAAAGCAAUUGCUAGUUCUCCUUUCUGGCCAAAGUCUUAUGCCUACGAUGCGCCUCAGGCUGAGUCGAUUUACAACCAGCUGGCGAAUUUGACUGGUUGCGCUGGAUAUAAGCAUGACGAUGAGACCCUCGCUUGCUUGAAGUCGGUUGAUGUGCAGGCUAUUCGAGACGCGAGUCUCAUCAUUGAUGAUGAUAGUACUUACACCACCAGCUCAUAUACAUGGGCGCCGGUCAUCGAUGGCGAGUUCCUGGCUGAUUCACUUACCGAAGCUGUGAACAAAGGGGACCUGGAUACAGAGUUCGUCUGGGGGAUGUACAACACUCACGAAGGACAAAAUUUCAUUCCCUCAGGAUUGGCUGAUGCUGAUUUGACGGGUGGAUUCAAUUCUUCAGCUGAAAGUUUCCAUCAGUGGUUGACCGGGUUCCUGCCUGGACUGUCAAAGAAACAGAUUGAAGCUGUGGAGAACACUUAUUAUCCGGUCAAUGGUAGUUCUGAGACUAUCACAGAAUAUAAUACUACUUAUAUUCGCGCGGGACUCAUCUAUAGAGAUGUUGUACUCUCCUGCCCGGCUUAUUGGGUGGCGUCAGCGGCACCGGGAAAGGGAUACGUUGGUGAAUAUUCGAUCUCGCCGGCAACACACGGGAGUGAUGCCAUUUAUUGGGACUCUGUCAACUCAGUACAAGUGACAAAUCGCGUCGUCUACGAAGGUUACACCGGCGCGUUCGCUAGUUUCUUCCAGACAGGUGAUCCAAAUGCGCACAAACUCACGAAUUCGUCGGAGCCCGGCGUACCGGAGCUGCAGCAAACAGGCGAAGAAUUUGUCAUCGUUGAUCAUGGGUUUGAGAACGUUCGUCUGGUCGAAUUGAAGAAGAGAUGCGACUUUUGGCGCAGUAUAGGGAAGGAUAUUCCGAUUUGA